AUGACUUCCAUAAAGGAGCAGGCAGCCAUCAGCAGAUUAAUAAGUUUUCUACAGGAAUGGGACAGUGCUGGCAAAAUUGCUCGAAGGCACAUUCUAGAAAAUUUUAUGCUAACCAACCAAGGCAAGACAGGUCCAGAACUGGAAAUAGAAUUCUCUCAAGGAGCCAGUUUGUUUCUCGCCCGUCUAACUGCUUGGCUCAGGUUGACGUAUCCUCUUCCUUGGAGAUCUCUUGUUAAAGUGUAACAAGAGCCAAAAAAGAAAGCAAUAAUUUCUCCAUUAAAAUUACCAGAAUUGGCUACAUAUUGGUUUGAUAAAUUAUAUUUAUUUUUAUACGAGUUAUUAGUAUAAAUUGCACCAAUUUUUGCUAUUUUUAGGGCAAUUGUGCUCCAGUUAUGGUAGCAGAAUUUAAUAAUCCUGGACUCUUGACUUUUCCUGCAAUAUUGCCCAAUGUCUUAAGUUCACAGACAGACCUUGCAAGUGCUACUUCAGACAUGUCAUUCCUCUAAAUAAAGUAUGAACUCCUGCAAAAGGGCUGAGGUGGGUAGGGAGAAAAUCAGAUUCAGCUGAGGUUUAGUGUGCCAGAAUGUAUUUAAUUUAAACCUUCACAAACUCACAAUAGUUACAUGUAUGGAACGUGCCUAGAGCAACAAUUGAAGUCCAUUGGGAUCUUCCUAUCAGCUGCAAGUGGGUGAGUAAAAAAUGUACCAUUUCUAUAUUUGGAUAGGAUCCUGAGGUUUUUAGCACAUUAUGUUGGUGUGAAAGAGGUAAUGAGAACGUGGUGUUUGGGAAAAUGUAAUUGUAUUAUCAAAGAGAUUGGCAAAUAUAAAAAGCUCUGUUUUCUGUGGCUUGGUGCUUCUUUGUCUGCUGCCUAAAUAACCAUUUUAUCAAACAUGAAAUCAUGCAACUUGCACACUGGCAUGGCUUCAGGAAUAAAAACUACUCCAGCAACAACCAUAGGGAAUGUUCUUAGAUGAAGCAUUUCUAUAAUCUCCUUGGCUGAGAUACCAGGUUGUAAGUGUUGGAUUUGGGAAUACCUAUGCCCAGUUCUGUAUAUGGAAAAUGUGGUCAAAGUUUUCUUCCCCUGUAAGAAAACUGGAAUUGCUUUAGUUCAUCAGCUUGCAUUCCUGUAAAGAAUGGAACACUAUUUAGUGAAUGACUGAAGUGCAAAGUCUUUCCCUUGGCAGCUCUGCUGCUUUAGUAAAGGGGUUACUAAAGUGGUGUUUAGGAAGAGAAGCAGUGGAGCUGCCAAUUAGUUUGCCUAUGAAAAGAAACUUAACUGUUAAUAAGUGUUAAAUAAUAACUGAAAUCAUAUUAUGCAAUCUUGUUGCAAAUAGACUUUUAGAUCUGUUGCUUUCUUCUCCACAUUUUUUCAGCCAGCGAUACAUUAUUGAAUUCCUGGAAGUUGGUGGUAUCCUCACAUUGCUGGAAAUACUUGGGCUCAACCAACUGAAAGAGGAGGACAAAAGGGAGUCCAUAAAGCUUCUUCAGUUAGUAGCAAGAUCUGGCAGGAAGUUCAAAGAGAUUAUUUGUGAAAGCUAUGGUAAGGUAGAUUGUGACAAAUGAGAUGUACUGCCAGAUAUUUAAGUGAAGUGGUUUUCUGGCCUCAGGGUUUUCCCCAUAGAGCUCAGCUUAUUCUUUCCACCCCAGUGAAUACUGCUGAUAGAAAAGAGUUGCUUUCUUCUUCAGUAUCUCACCUGUCACAAGUUCAUCAAUAAAAGGGCAUGGAAACAUUUGAUUCUCACAAGGAUCUUACUUUGUAGUGUUUUCCUUUCAUUGCAGUAUAUAGCAGCCAGGAUAUUUCUACCUGUAGAAGAUGAAUAGAUCUCUGAAACAUCAGCAUAUUAAUAACUCUGUAAAGUUUCCUUUCUUGGGUAGAGUAGGAUGAAGUGUUUUAACUACAGUAUUAAAAAUUAGUGUAUGGGGAGUUAAACGCAAAUAAAUUCAGCUGGGAGGGAAUAUAAACUUUUUUUAGUAUCUCCCAUAAAGUGACAGUGGAUGCUUGUUUACUGCAUUGCUCAACUGAAAUGGAUGAGUGUGAUAUAUGUCCAUCCCAGUCCAGCAAGGGAAAGCUGUAUGUGAAAAGUACACUGUAAAUGGGGAUGCAGAUUUUGCAUCUGGAUGUGCAUUCACAUAGGAGUGCUCAAUGAAUCUCAUUUAACUGGUUGAAUAUGGCUUUUCAUGCAAAUCUGAAGCUGCAUCCAAAUUCAGAGCCAGUCAUUGCUGCCCAUAACUAGUUGUGUGAGCUUGAACUAUAUUGAUUAGAUUGGAUUUAUAUUCUGCAUUAUCCCACUGGCUCAAAACAGCUUACAGUGGCUUUCCCCCUAAAUCUUAAUAGUCCUGUUCCCUAAGCUCCCACUUCCUACUUGCUGCAAGCCAUAUAUAAGAGAGAGGCGCGCUCUCGCGCUCUCUCUCUCUCUCUCUCUCUCUCACACACACACACACACAGUCUUGUGUUUACUCAGAAGUGAAUCCCACUGAGUCCAAUUUGGCUUACUCCCAAGAAUACAAAGUGCAUGUUUAACAAUUGUAACCUUAGACCAGCACAAUUUCAAAAACAAGGACUGAUUGAAACAGGGAUUAAAUCAACUGAAUAAGGAGGCUAUUUAUUAUUUAUUUAUUCAUUUGCCCUAAAGUCUACAGAAUUUUUACAUAAAUGGGCAAAUACUUGAAAACUCAAAGUCUGAAAACCAUUGCAUAUUUUAGCUAGUGUGAGGUGCAAUGGCUUCACUCCACUUUGUUUUCAGUUGUAGACUCUGAAGGUAUAUGGAAAACAAGAUUUACUUGAAGAUAGCCCUGUACAUUGAUCCAAAAUUUUCCAUACAUGAUACCGUUUGAGAAACCCAUUUAGUGAUUAAAUAGAUGUGAUGUUAAUAGAUCUGCUGCACCGUGAGUGUUGGGGAAGGCCGCUCCCUCUUCAGGCUGAUUCCACCAGGCCUAGGGGGCGGGGCCCAGACUCACCUUCGCCACAGCUUUAAGAAGCCUCACUGAGGCAUUGGGACAUCGCUGCUGCAGCCCCGUGAGUGUUGGGAAGGCCGCUCCCUCUUCAGGCUGAUUCCACCAGGCCUAGGGGCGGGGCCCAGACUCACCUUCGCCACAGCUCUAAGAAGCCUCACUGAGGCAUUGGGACAUCGCUGCUGCUGCACCGUGAGUGUUGGGGAAGGCCGCUCCCUCUUCAGGCUGAUUCCACCUGGCCUAGGGGCGGGGCCCAGACUCACCUCCGCUACCGUUUUAAGGAUGCUGGAGCUGCCGAAGCAAAAGUUAAUAAUGUUUUUAUAUAUUUUAAAGUAUUUUAAAGGUGUUUUUACUUUUUACUUUAUUGUACCACCGUGAACAGUGGUUUUUAUCUAUGUAUUUUUAUUUUGUUCUGUUUUAUUGUGGUUUGGGGUGGGGAUUGGUUUUGCUUAGGUAGAAUUGUUUUCAGUUUGGUUUGGUUUUUUAUUUUGUAAAUGGAGGCUUGUACGAGGCUUGGGAUUGCUACCGUGGAGGGGCGAGGGAGGUAUGGUGGUGGGGGCAGAUGUUAUAGGCGAAGGGGAUCGAGAUACGGAUAUGCUCGUACCCCUUCCAAUCUGCGCCCCAUCCCGAGGGACGAGGGUAGGGUGAGCAAGGAUUACUCACCUCCGUCACUGGUGUUGUGCAAUGCCAGGUCUAUAGGCAACAAAACCGCCACUCUGCGAGAUUUCUUUACCUCGCAGGGGGUUGACCUGGCUUGUGUGACGGAGACCUGGGUACGCGAAGGGGCAACAGUUACCUUACGAGAGAUGGCGCCCCGGGUUUCUCCGUCCUCCACCAGUCACGGACUGUGGGCCGGGGGAGGGGUGGCAUUAUUAAUCCGGGAAGAUUGUCCUUUCAGGGCUCUACCAUCGCCAUCGAUCCCUGGCAUUGAAUGUGUUGGCCUAGUGUGGGGCUCUGAGGUGAGCUUGGCUGUCUGGCUGGUGUACCGGCCACCUAGCGCACCAGCAGCCACCCUGUCAGGCCUACUGGAGGCGGUGGCCGGCUGGGCCUUGGAGUUCCCUAACCUAUUGGUAUUGGGGGACUUCAACAUCCAUGCUGAUGCCACUCCCUCCUCACAGGCUCUGGACCUGGUGUCUUCCAUGGCAACACUAGGGCUCUCCCAGUUUGUUUCAGGCCCCACACAUCAAGCAGGCCACACGCUGGAUUUGAUCUUUGGCGUAGGUAUAGAUGUGAUCAUGUCUCCUUCAAUUAAGGUGCCAUGGUCUGAUCACUACGCUCUGAAAGCCAGGAUUGACUUUCCACCCCCACCCUGCUUAGGUGGCGAGCCGAUUUGGGCUCGCCCGCAGAGGCUGAUGGACCCUGAUAGAUUCCGUCAAGCCUUGCGGGACCUUGCUCCCCUGGCGACUCAUUGACUGAGCUUGUUGAGGGCUGGAAUACCCAGCUCCUGGCAGCCAUAGAUGAGAUCGCACCUAAGCGCCCUCUGCGACUCCGCAGAAACCGGGCUCCCUGGUUUACCGAGGAGCUUCGGAAAAUGAAGCGGGACCUCAGACGGCUAGAGCGAGUAUGGCGGGGUGCCCGUGACGGAGCCUCAAGAACAUCUUAUAGGGUUUUUAUGAAAACCUAUGAGAUGGCGGUGAAGGCCGCUAAGAAGUCUUACUUCUCGGCCUCCAUUGCAUCCGCUAGCUCUCGCCCGGCGCAAUUAUUUAGUAUAAUUAGGUCUUUAACGUCCCUUGAAGGACAGCCAAAUUUAAAUAACAAUCUGACACAUAGCUGUGAGGCGUUUGCGAGCUUUUUGCGGAGAAGGUCCUGUUGCUCCGCCAUGACCUCCCUGCCAAUUUGGAUACAAUAAAGGAACUGGAGGCCCCUCGACUGUCCUCGGGUCCAGUAUUGGACCACUUUGAUCGGAUAUCCCCAGCCGAUGUGGACAGACUCCUCCGAGCUGGAAAGCCCACCACCUGUCCUCUUGACCCGUGCCCGUCUUGGCUGAUUAGAGCGUGUCCAGACGAGGUGCGGGCCCCCCUGGGGGAUAUCAUCAAUUUGUCCCUUGGCACCGGGAUAUUUCCAGGGGAAUUGAAGGAGGCAGUGGUGCGCCCGCUCUUAAAGAAAACAUCAUUAGAUCCCUUAGAUCUAUCCAAUUACCGCCCGGUUUCGAAUCUUCCAUUCCUGGGUAAGGUGAUUGAGAGAGCGGUUGCUGAACAGCUUGGUAGGUUUCUGGAUGAAACAUCGGCUCUAGAUCCAUUCCAGUCUGGCUUCCGCGCUGGUCAUGGGACCGAGACGGCUCUGGUCGCCCUAACAGAUGAUCUCCGUAGGCAGCUGGAUCGAGGCGGGUCGGGGCUGCUGAUUCUUCUAGAUCUGUCAGCAGCCUUCGACAUGGUUGAUCACGAACUCCUGGACCACCGCCUUGCCGACGUGGGGAUCCAGGGCACAGUCCUUCAAUGGCUGCGCUCGUUUCUCUCCGGUCGGGGACAGAGGGUGGCGCUUGGGGGAAUUGUCAUCCCGCCACUCCUUGGUGUGUGGAGUGCCUCAGGGUGCGAUACUCUCCCGAUGCUUUUAACAUCUUUAUGCGCCCUCGCCCAGCUUGUCCGGAGUUUUGGGCUGGGUUGCCAUCAGUAUGCCGAUGACACCCAACUCUAUCUGUUGAUGGAUGGCCAUCCUGACUCGGCCCCAGACACACUGACCAGAUGUUUGGAAGCUGUGGCUGGAUGGUUACGCGGAAGCCGGUUGAAGUUAAAUCCUUCGAAGACAGAGGUCCUCUGGCUGGGACGGGACGAUAUGGGAUUGGGGGCAACUCCCAUCUCUUGCGGGGUGCAAUUAGUGCCAGCACCGUCCGUUAAGAGUUUGGGUGUAAUCUUCGAUACCUCCCUCUCUAUGGAGGCGCAGAUUACAGCUAUAACAAAGGCGGCAUUUUUUCAUCUCCGCCAAGCUAAGCAGUUGGCCCCUUAUCUCUCUCGCCCUGACCUAGCCACUGUGAUCCACGCGACGGUCACCUCCAGACUGGAUUAUUGUAACUCGCUCUACGUGGGGCUGCCCUUGAGACUGACCCAGAAACUCCAGCGGGUGCAGAAUGCCGCGGCGAGACUCCUUAUGGGGUCUUCGCUGCGAGAUCACAUUCAUCCGGUACUAUACCAGCUGCACUGGCUCCCGGUGGAGUACAGGAUCAGGUUUAAGGUGCUGGUUUUAACCUUUAAAGCCCUAUACGGCCUAGGACCCUCGUACCUACGGGACCGCCUCUCCUGGUAUGCCCCACAGAGGAACCUACGGUCUGCAAAUAAAAACAUCCUGAAGGUCCCAGGCCUCAGAGAGGUUAGGCUGGCCUCAACUAGAGCCAGGGCUUUCUCGGCUGCGGCUCCAAUCUGGUGGAACGCUCUGUCACAAGAGACUAGGGCCCUGCGGGACCUGACAUCUUUCCGCAAGGCCUGCAAGACAGAGUUGUUCCACCAGGCCUUUGGUCAGGGCCCAGCCUGACUCCCACCUCCGGCAACCUACACAGAACUUUGCUCAACGGUUGCCAUUAAUUUGAUUUUAAUUAAUUUUUAUAAUGAAAUGUUUUAGAAUGUUGGACUAUUUAAUUGUUUGAUUAUUUAUUUGUUGUUAGCCGCCCUGAGCCUGGCUUUGGCUGGGGAGGGCGGGAUAUAAAUAAAAUUUAUUAUUAUUAUUAUUAUUAUAAAUCACACACAUUUUAAGAAUAGCAAAUAGCAAUUGGCUGCAAUCAUGUUCACUAUUAGAGUGAUUGCCUGCCAAUGGUAUUCUGCAUAUUUAUCAAUGUAUAAUAAGGGUGUCCUUUGUUACUUACAAAAUACUUGUAUUAAAACUUCCAUAUUAUUUAAAUACAAGCUAAAACAUGGGGCUGCUUAGCUGACACUUUCUAGCUUGCGUGUUCAGAAAGCUUUUUUCCUUUAUAGGUGUACGAUCAAUUGCUGAGUUUUUUGCAACCUGCAAGUCAGAAGAGACUCAAGAGCAAGUACAGAUUCUUCUGGAUGCUUUAGGCCAUGGCAACCCCAAAUACCAGAAUCAAGUGUACAAAGGGCUGAUUGCUCUUCUAAAGUGCACCUCUCCAAAAGCCCAGCAACUGUCCCUACAAACAUUGAGGACAAUACAGGUGAGCAACAAGAAGAUGGAGGGGGGGAGGCAUGGGGUUGCAAUCUUUGUUUCAUCCACUAUAUGGAACUUCUUCCCAUCAUCUGUUACAGACAACAUGCAUGUUUUCCUCAGGGGCAUCUGUGUUUCUAGCCAGUGCAGGGUCUACAAACUGCACAUAUAUAUUGCUAUUAACAGUUAAAUGGAUCUAAGUGCCAAAUACCAUGCCAAAGGAACCAACUAUAUUAGGCAAGAAAGGCUAACAGAUCUGACCUGAGUUUGAUAAUUGAACUAUAAGUAAUGGAGAUAAAAGUAACCCAAAUACAUUGCCUUAAAAAACAAUGUUUGUACCGUAAUUGUAAUUGGGAGUUUCUUUUAAAAAAUUACUGAAAUCCUAUUCUGCCCCCAUGUCUAAAAUCUGAAAUAGUACCCCUGAAAAUAUGUGGUUUUUUUAGCUAAGAACUGUCAGCUGUAGAACACACCACCCCAAUUAUGGCUAGAUCUAGAAGUUUAGGGACACAUAGAACUUACUGACACCUCCCUUAACCAUUCUAGCUAAUGAUUAUUUCUAAUUAAUGCACUUAUAAAACUGAUUGGUAUAACAGAUUCAUGAAGAAAGAGUGGUCUCCCUAAAUACUGCCCUUGCAUCUUUAUGGUUCAUUGCAGCAUGUUGUCUGAUCUCACCUGGGUGAGAGUUCACAUUACUGCAUUAGAGAAGUUGUUUUUUUGUUCAUUUUACAGCUCUUGCACCCCACGUUGUUUAUAUCAGCACAGCUUUAAUUUGCAACAGGGAACUUCAAUCAGUUACAGCAAUCUUCCUUUUACAUUCUUACAAAAUGAAUUGUCUCCCCUCAGUGUUUCAUGUAUAUGCUAAAAUAUCGUCUGACGUGCUCCUAAAAGGGAUUUGCAUCACCAGGUCAAAAUAUAAUCUUUUGUCUGCUUGAUCAUGCUGAAGAUUUGGGUAGCCCAGCUCUUCCUUGUGAUCUCUUGAUUGUGACCUAUAUUUUUCAUGCUUGUUCUGUAUUAAAGCAUACUAAGACGGGGUCUCAAAUAUUCUUCUCUUGCUCGUUUACUUUGGCAGACAAUUGUGGGAGAUGCCCAUCCAAGUAUUGUGGACUCAGUGCUUAGUGUGCUCCGUUCUCUGCACCUGGAGGUGCAAUAUGAGGGUAAGAUGACUCUAUGCACUCACCUCCACUUUUGAAGCCAACCCUCAAAUCGUUGAGUCCAGGUGACUACCACAUACUGAAACUGAAAAUCAGUUUUAAAAUAAUGCACCAGUGAGCCAAAUGUCUAUAGGAAGGGAAGAACGCUAAUAACUAAGGCAUUCAUGAAAAAGCAAAUUUUACGUAAGGUACAGCACAAGGUAGCCUACUUACAAGGCAUACUGGUCUUUGGCUGGUGCCAAAGCUGGGUGAAUCCAGUGUGUGUUCUAAUUUGCAUGGAAGCUAUCACAAUUUUCUUUUUUAAUGCUAUAUUUGCUUCAAAACAGAUAACUUACAAAUUCCCAAGUAGCAUAAACAUGUCUUCAAAGCAGGUGACUCGCUGGCCUUUAUUCCAUACAGUUAAGCUGUGUGGUUAGUGCUACCAAUUUUUUUUAAAACUAGUCUACGCAUUUUAUGAAAGAACCAACAGACGGUGCCUUUACGGAGGGAUUGAAGUCUUUAGGAACUUGAGAACUGCACAAUUAACGUGCUAUAUUGCCUAGUGCAUUAACAAACCCACUUUAAAAAAAAUUGAGUGUUCUUUGUCCUAUAACUGCCAUAUAAACGUAAGAAGGACCUGCUGGAUAAGGCCAGUGGCCCAUCUAGUCCAGUAUCCCAUUCUCAGUGGCAGCCAGCAGCCUAUGGAAAGCCCAAAAGCAGGACCUGUGCUCUCCCCGCCUAUGAUUCCCAGUAACUGGUAAACACACUAGAACAAAUGAUUAACAAAGACUGGACAUAGUUGAACCACCUUUUAGGCUUUGUGUAGGCAAAUUAUUCCCCAAGAAAAACUGAGGCUUGCUCUGUGCAACAGGAGCUACCUUACUACUAUUACUCUGUGACAAAGCACCCACUUUAGUAUCUUCCUUCUUCUAGCGAUUCAACUAAUCAAGGACCUCAUGGCAUAUGAUGUGCGGCCAGCUUUGCUAAAAGGACUGGUUGCAUUGCUAAAGCCAUCAAGACAGGAGACUGCCAAAAUGCAAGCCAGAAUCCUGGAAGGUGAGAUCCACAAAUGCUGCCAUUUGGACCCACUUAUGAAGAUGUUCCCCACUUCUACAUCUCCUUCCUUAUCUCUAGCGUAUAUUAGUCUAAGGCUGUGUUCACAUUCUCGUUUACUGUGCACUCACUGCAUUUCCGGUUUUUGUGUUCACAAGAUGUUAGCCAAAAUGCAUGUUUACUGUACUUCAUACUACUGUUUGGUGCAUUGUUUCUCAAAAAAGCUUCACACCGAUUGGAGUUAUUAAGCUGUUCCCAAUUUGUCUCCACCCUUGUAUGAACAUCUCUGCAUAGGGUAAAGAUAUUCCUGCCUGUCAACAUUCUCUGGUGCGUAUAGAAAAAGGAACAAAUUGAAGCUGUGCAGAUGUAAACAGCUUGGGGUGCAAGAGCUAUGAAAUGCACUGAAAAAACAACUUCACUGCUCUCUAAGGCAGUAUUGUGAACACACACUUACUGUAGCAUUAAUAUUCUUCAUGUGUUGAGAAGGGAAGGCAUAUAUUUUAACAACUAAAGUCCAUCCUCUGUUCCUUUUCUUUUAUCAUGGGGCCCAACCUCUUUCCUCAUUCAUACCUGAAAACCUCUAUCAAGUUCCAAGUUUGCUCAGAGCGGGACUGUAGGGGUAUGGAAUGAGAACCCAUUGUGAUAGAACAGAAAUUCAUCUCAAUCACCAGUCUGAGAAACUGGAGCAGGGAGGGCUGCAGGCAAACACUGACAUCUUUCAAAGCAGACCCAAACCAACAUUCCCUGCUUACCAUCAAGGAAUCAAAUUUAUGCAUGGCGUGUGAAACAGCAAUUAGCUGGUGCUAGCCUAAGUUAAACUGUGCUGCUGGAUAGGUACUGAAUGAAUUUUCUGUGCAAUUCAGUUCUUUCUGGACAGUGUUUUAGGUCAAAAGCAAAUAUUUGGGGCAGCUAUGAGACACAGUACCUGACUCCUACAUUGUUUCCUACAUACAGAAGCUGGUACAUUACACCUGAUGGAGUCCUUGCCAGCAUAUAUUCAGCAAGCUGCCGCUGCCAAAGCCAUUGGGUAAGAGAUUAUGAUGGGUUACUGGAACCAGUUGCCAACACAGAGGCAAACUGUGAAACACGCUUAGCCCAGUUUUGGGUAGGCCACAGAUGCAAACUAGAAAACACCUCACUUACUGUGUGAAAACAGCCACCAGUCCACAGUCCAGACUGGCAGAUUAUAUACACCCACUUCACCUGCUACUCAGAUGGAGGCAGUAGGGCACUGUUUUUAUAUAUUUUUAAUUGAUGGUGUUAACUAUAUGUUUUAAUCAUACUAUGAUAUCUACUUGCUGCAUUUUGUUCCAAGAACCUCAAAUUAGCAAUUUUAGUCUCUUAACAUAGCACACUGGCUAAGAGUGAUUUGCAUUGCCCAAGGCCAGCAAGUAACCAAGCAUAUCUAUUUGAAACCCUCCCCACCCCCAUCCAGACAUUACUACAAAAUGGCUUUCAAGGGUUGAAGUUGAAUCCAUGCCUUCUGCUUCUUGAUGCAACAUUAGACAGCCAACAUCACAUCCAGUCCCUUAAAACACAUUCAGAACUAGAAUACCUAUAUAAUCCAGCCACUAUCUUCAUACCUUUCAGAGUUUAUAACAUGAGCUAGAAUAGUCAGGUUAUCAAUGGAGCUAUACAUAAAAUAUCCUCUGAAUAUACAGCUCCUCUCUAAUCAUUUUACGGUUAUCAUCUUCAGCACUAGACGAAGUAUUUGCUGCUUAGCCAAAUUCAUGUCACCAUCCACCUUACUAUGCUUAGCACCAUAACAACUCAUUCAAUACAACAGAUUUGCCCAGUCAGCUUAUUUUCUUGGCAGCGUGUGCCUUUAACAACUGUUGCAGAAAUCCAACAGUGCAACAGGAAAGCUGAACCUAUUUGAUGUCUCCUAUUACUAUUGGAUGUCUCACUGUCAACCAGUUGGUAAAGGGCACAGAACAACCUAGAUCUCUCUGGCUUGUAAAUUAGUGGGAUGCUCCCUCUGCUCUUAAACCCCCUUCCCCCUCUCUUAUCUGUUUAUUGAAAACAUUUUUAUCCCACUCUUCAAACACUCAACUUUGCAGAAUUCUGGCCCAAGACUCCAGAGAUGUAGCUGAGGAGCUGGUCUUCUUGAGAGUGGUGCAUGGUCUCAUGUGUGCCAUGGGCAACAAAGAUCACACUAAUUGCCAGAGGCAGGCCAGCAUUACCCUAGAGGCAAGUGACUUUGUUGAAAAGGAGGGAACUGGGCGUAGAUGUCUAUUGUCACUUUUUCAAAGCUCUCUAACUGAAGGGGUUGUUUCGGUGGGUGGAAUGGAUGGAUUGGAUGAGAUAAAACGUUAGUCAGUGGAUUAAGCACUAAAGAAUACAAAGAUCAGACUAUGACAGGAGUAAGUAAGGGUUUCUUAGAAUUUAACAUGCAUGGCUUGUAGAUGUUGGAAGCAUGGGAGCAGAAACUGCCUGUAUAUUUAAGCCAAAAUAUACAGAAGUAUUUUAAAACUGUUUCUAAUGUAUUUUAAUGCCCUGGGAUCAUAGGGUGAAGGGUGGGUAAUUAAUAAACUAAUACUACUAGAGAACUUUUAAAGUCUCAGUUGUUCUGGGAAAUUAUGGUUGAGGCUAGAGCUUUGGAAAGGGAUAACGGCAGCCCCCCACUAAAGAUUCUGAGUGAUGAAGACCAGAACAAUAAAUACUAAUGAAACCUGGAUAGUAAAUAUUAGAUUGCAGAGUUUUAUACUCCUGUAGCUUACAAAGGGCUGCAUCCAACAUUAUACAGUCAAACAUCGGAUCCCGAACACCUGUGUUUUGGAAUGUUUUGACUACCAAACUCCGAAAACCCAGAAGUAAAUGCUCCGGUUUUCUAACAUUUUUCAGAAGCCAAACAUCCAACGUAGCUUCCGCUUGAGUGCAGAAAGCUCCUGCAACCAAUCAGAAGCCGCACCUCGAUUGUCAGACAUUUCGGAAGCCAAACGUUCGACAACUGAGGUUUGACUGUACAAGCUGAGUUUCACUUGUGCAAUGGAGUCCUGUUUCCUCACCUCUCUGCAUUCAAAAUUUGCUCCAGAGUAUACCCAACCCUCUGGAGUCUGGAGAGUUUAAGGAUGCAUCAUGGGCUGGAGAGGAGGGAGAAGUUAUGUUAACUCAAGCAGAGGUCUGCUGCACAAACAGAAAAGCAGAGUUAGAUACAACCCAAGGAUUAUUCUUAUUUUCCCUAUGAAUUAAAUUGUAUCCCCCUGCAGCAUUUUGUAAGGAUGUUCAUAGUGGUGGAGAAUCAAACCCGGAGUGCCAUGGGAGAAAAAUUGUUCGAGCUCUUUAUGGUAUGUCUUGUCUAGCCUCUGUACUAAGGUUAUGGGACUCAGAUAUGAGAUGUUUUAUUUGCCAAAAGCAACAGUGAGAUUUAAGACAAAACACCUGAAAUCCCAAACCACUUUUCUGAAUUGUUUAGAAGUCUUUUCUUCCCCCAGCAACUAUAGUAAGAAUCACUAUCUUCUGUGGCAUAGCCAGUGUAGACAAGAUCUUCAGUAACUGUUAAAUUCAAAUGAAUGCUUUAAGAGAGCCAGAGUUCAGAAAGGGUAGUGGUAUCUUCUUACUACUUCUGCCAUUGUAAAAGCUGCUUUCUGUUUACUAGGUUUCUCUUAUCCUCUUAUCUUAAACCACUUAGAAACCUAUUUUAAGAGCAUUAAGCAGUAUUUAAAUUAAUAACAAUCUUGAAGAGGAGGAACAUAGAAAGUGGCACAGUAGAGGGAAAGCACAGCUCUAGACCUUUUUUUCAGAAUAAGGCCAAGAACAUCAUCUGCCAGAGUAAUUGCAGAGUAACACUGCUGCCUCCAGCAUAUGACUGUGGUGAUGAGGCUUUCCAAUUUGCUUAUGACAGAUUAACCAAAAAAGUCUGAGAAUGAAGAAAAUAAUCAAGCAGAGGCCUAAAAUACUUAACUUGCCUCUUUAAACCACAACACCAUCCGAUGCAAUAUUCCAGCCUUCUUUCCGUACUGUGAUUCAUCUUCCUAGCAAUUUUUGCUUUUCCAUUCCUAAGUAAACAUAUUCAACCAUAUUUCUCCAUUUCUGUAAAAGUUGGUCUGAACAUUGGAUUGGCAGAUUUUGAAAGAAAUUAAUUUGGGAAGCCUGCAUAUUUUAAAGUGUGGAUUUACUAGUAAAGCUAAUUCUAAUACAGCCUCUGUCUUCAUAGCUGCUUAUGAAGGUUAUAAUAACCAACCACCUACAAUUAUUGAAUGAUGUUUUAUACGAAGUCUCAAAACUAUUUACAAUAAAUAUUUUUUAUUUUUCUAAACAUUAAAACACAAGGCAUUAGUACAGCAGCACUAAAGUCCAGACUGAGCAACUGCAACAAUAUAAUUAAAGCUGCCCCCUAUGUCAAAGAAUAAAAAUGAUAUUCCCUGGUGGCAAAAUGAUAAUAAAAUUGUCAUCAGGUGUGCCUUUCUGGAGAGAGCAUUUUAAAAAGAUGGUGAACUAUUACAGAGUAGGCCCAUUCAUCUUUCUUCUAAAUUUUCCAAAUAUCCAAUUUCAAUCAAAAGCCAAGCAGCCAUUAGUCCUUUAGCUAAUUAAAAAAUUCCAAGAAGUUCACUGUUCAGAUACAGUCAUCCUAGCCUUUGAGUGAAGAGACAUGUAGAGACAACUCCAUUAGAGUGGCCCUUGUUUCAAGGAAGAGAGGCCAAUGAACCAUCAGGAAUUGCCCUCCAUUUAUUUCCAGCCCUGAACCUUGGAAAGUUCCUGCUUUUCAAUAAAGUGCCUGUCUUACCUUUCUUCCCUCUAGCAAGAUGCUACAAACUUGUACCUGAAUAUGGAUGCUGUGCAGGCUGUUAUCCUGGCCACCAAUAUAGUCAAUAUUCCGGAAUAUAUUUUGGCUCAGGCAAAAAUGGAUAUUCCAGGUAUCUUGGGCACAGUAGUGGACAAAAUAACUUUGGAAUAUGUAGAUACCUCCUUAAUGCUAAAAAAAGGGGGGGGAGGGAAGGGAAAUAAUGGGAUGGCAUAUUGUGUAGGCAGGUUGUGAAUAAGUACAAAAAUAUGAAAUGGGACAAAUUAGUUCACAACAGUAUAAACAAGAAGGGUCUUAUGUUAAUUCAACAAAUCCAGAGGGGACAGAAAUUACAUAUGAAAUCUGUAGAGAGAAAUGCUAGUUAGAUGACAAGAAAAAAAGUACUGUGUCUACUCUUGAGAGUGAUGUGCAUGUUGGCAUGCAACCCUUUGAGGGCUGGCAAAGCCUCAAUGUGGCUCUCAAGCAAAAAAUGUUAGCCGCCCCUGUAUUAUGCAUUUAUAAUCUUUACGGCUUCGCUUGUGCAUACUGCAUUUUAUUUUAUGGAAACUGCCAUGUGAGGAUGCUUAGCCUGGAGGCGGUUGGAGGAUGGAUGGCGGCUAAUGGAUUGAAGUUGAAUCCUGACAAGACAGAAGUACUGUUUUUGGGGGACAGGGGGCGGGCUGGUGUGGAGGACUCCCUGGUCCUGAAUAGGGUAACUGUGCCCCUGAAGGACCAGGUGCGCAGCCUGGGAGUCAUUUUGGACUCACAGCUGUCCAUGGAGGCGCAGGUCAAUUCUGUAUCCAGGGCAGCUGUCUACCAACUCCACCUGGUACGCAGGCUGAGACCCUACCUGCCUACGGACUGUCUUGCCAGAGUGGUGCAUGCUCUAGUUAUCUCCCGCUUGGACUACUGCAAUGUGCUCUACCUUUGAAGGUGACUCGGAAACUACAACUAAUCCAGAAUGCGGCAGCUAGAAUGCGGGGGCGGCCGCCGAGACCACAUAACACGGGUCUUGAAAGACCUACAUUGGCUCCCAGUACGUUUCCGAGCACAAUUCAAAGUGCUGGUGUUGACCUUUAAAGCCCUAAACGGCCUCGGCCCAGUAUACCUGAAGGAACGUCUCCAGCCCCAUUGUUCUGCCCGGACGCUGAGGUCCAGCGCCGAGGGCCUUCUGGCGGUUCCCUCAUUGCGAGAAGCCAAGUUACAGGGACCCAGGCAGAGGGCCUUCUCGGUAGUGGCGCCCGCCCUGUGGAACACCCUCCCAUCAGAUGUCAAAGCGAUAAACAACUACCUGACAUUCAGAAGACAUCUUAAGGCAGCCCUGUUCAGGGAAGUUUUUAAUGUGUGAUAUUUUAGUGUUUUUUGGUUUCUAUGGAAGCCGCCCAGAGUAGCUGGGGAAACCCAGCCAGAUGGGCGGGGUACAAAUAAUAAAUAGAAUAGAUAGAUAGAUAAAAGGCAGCUUACCAGUACUUUAAGUAAAUACAGUGGUACCUUGGGUUACAAAUGCUUCAGGUUACAAACUCCACUAACCCGGUAGUAGUACCUCAGGUUGAGAACUUUGCCCCAGGAUGAAAAUGGAAAUCACGCAGUGAUGGUGCGGCAGCAGCGGGAGGCCCCAUUAGCGAAAGAGCACCUCAGGUUAAGAACAGUUUCGGGUUAAGAACAGACCUCCAGAACGAAAUAAGUUCGUAACCCGAGGUACCACUGUAUCUUGUUUGUAUAACAGCACAGUGGUACCUUAGUUCCCGAACUCAAUACAUUCUGGAAGUCCAUUCGACUUCCAAAACAUUCAAAAACCAAGGCACGGCUUCUCAUUGGCCCUGGAAACAAUGCCGACAGCCAAAACGGAUGUUCAGCUUCCAAAAAACAUUUGCAAACCAGAACACUUACUUCCAGGUUUGCGGCAUUUGGGAGCUGAUUUGUUCAUCAACUAAGUUUUUUGGGAACCAAGAUACCACUGUAUUUAAAAAAUAAGCUACCAUACUUGGUACUGAAGUAAUGAACUGAGUUAUAUUUCUUGAACUCUUUUUCCUCCCUCAGAGAGAAACUCAACUGCAGAAGAUGAACAGGAACAGCUGUCUCAAAAUAGAGAGUUGCUGCUUUAG